UCGCGCCGCUUGUCUUAUUGUGAAAGUGUGACAGCGGACGUAGAGGGUGAAGCUCCGUGCUGACUGCAGGUUCAGAUGUCGACCAUCACUCCGGAUAAAGCUCCUCAUCUCCCAAAAGUCUGGAUCGCACUGAGGCGGUUCGACAGAAACGUGAAGGGAUCAGGGAUCAUGUCCACAUCAGGUGAGAGGACAGCAGCAGCUGACUGUGACUAUGAAAGAGUGGUGGCUCUUCGAGAAGUGUCCUUUCCUUCAGCCACUGAUACCACAACGAUCAUACAGAUUCUCACCAAUACCUUUGGGCUGAACGCUUCCAAUGUUGUAUUCAAGAUAAGGAACCACCGUGGCUGUCUCAUCCCCCUGAACAGCUCCAUCCCUGCUAACAGCAAGCACGUACCUUACGUGCUUGAGGUAGCCAAGAUUUUUCAGCAUGUGCAACCCAGGCCCAGAACCAUUCCCAUGAUUGUGAUCAACAAGAGCAUGAAGACCAGACUGCAGACUAUUGACAGGAGGAUUCAGCGACUGAACGACCUUCUACCUCAAAUCAAACUCAGGCACAAUGAAAAGCUCACUCAGGAGAUUGAAUGUCUCAGCCAAAAGUUGAAGUUUCUCCAUAAAAGAAUGCAGGUGGCAGAUUCUCACAGCUGGAAAGGCGUGCUGACCAGAGCCCCUCUGUGGUGAACGUCCACGUUUCCAGCAGACGGAUCGCGGCCCGACGUCAAGCCUUGUCUACAGCGUGUUCACCCACAUCUGUCAUUCAUGUGGAGAUUUCAAUCACAUGCAGUGGUCAGUCUGGUGGGAAUCUGGACAGAAUAUCUUCUUUAUACAUUCAAAUCACAUGCUCACCUUCUCUAACCUUCAGGGUAUUGCUGAUAGAAUAAUUACAGUACUGUGCUUUUCUGUACAGCUCGACUGAAAAUGUAGUGAAAAAAUCCCUGUCACCUCUGUAUAAUUUAGUUGCAGCACAUAAUUAAGCACCAAAUAUUUUAUUCUUAUACCACAUUUUGAUUUUUAGUGAAGCAUUUUUUCAUCAACAGGUGUCUUCUGGCUGGAGACGGCAUAAAUAAAACAGUAAGAUGUGUUAAAGAUGCUAAUGGUGAAACUUAACUCUACUGUAUGUUUUUGUUAUUAUUGUUCUUAUUUUACCCAGAAAUGCCAUGACCACAAUUAUUCAUGUACAUUCUAAUUGGCAGAUUUUGUUCUUAAUUAAAUACAGCUGUUUGGUGAA